CAAUGAUCCAAUCAGUCUUACCCUGGCACUCGUUCUGUAAGGUCGUGAUAACCGUGAAUCAUACCAUACAGUGUUACUUGGAAAUUUUUUGCCAUGGAUAUCAUCAAGCCCCUCUUCGUCCUGUUGUUCUACAUCAGCUCCGUGCGGGCCGCCCCCAUCUCAGGGCCGAGAACACACUUGACGGGACCUGGAAGCCAAGACGGGUGUGUGAACCUGGCGGCCCCCAAAAUAUUGAUGUGUUUGGAGAUGGAAGACGCCAAGGACCUCUCCUUUUAUAACCUCACCUGCCACUUCGGCCCCAACUCCCAGCUGGUCUACAACUGCUCCUCUGACACCAAUUGUGAAGGUCAGGGUGUGCUGAAGGGAGCCACCUACCCUCCAGAAGUUAACCCCAACUGCCAUGGGCUUCCCUUCACCAACAUCAACGGAGACCACAUGGGGACCUACAUCUGCCGCAUCAGUACUGACCGUCAAAGCUACUUAGUCACACAUAACCUCCAACCAUGUCCAGGCUCACACAAGGAGGAGGACAGUACACCAACACCCACCACCGAUCAGCCUCAACCAGGUGUGGUGAGGCUGUCUAUUAUUAUAGUAUCAGCGGUGGUGAUAGCGUUGCUGAUAUUCUACUUCUGCCACCGACAAUCCUCAUCGGCUAAUAUUUAAUGACAAUAUAAUUGACUGUUUGAGGUUGAUAUUGAUGGUACUGACAACACAAAAUAUUGAUGCAAUCUGGAUUGAAGAGUUUCCAAAAAUUUCUUAUACUGUCUGACCGUGUGAGGCUAAUACUGUCAACAUUGGUCUAGUAUAGCAACGGGCAUCAUGACAUGUACUGUGGUGUAAUGGCCAGUAUGCUCACCUCCCUAGGGGGGUGGACUCGGGUUCGAUCCCCGGGCAGAGUGAAACUAUGGGCAAGUUUCAUUACUCCAUUUGUCUCUGUCUACCAAGCAGUAAUUGGGUAGCUGCCGCCUCAGUGUGGGCGAGGGGACCACCGUCCAGGAGAUCUACUUCGUGCAUACAGCCAAGGCCCUCUACCUGUCAUUGGAGGCUUGCAAGUGCCUCAACUUGGUGCCUGUCGACUUUCUGCUCCAUAGGCGUGCUGUGGCUGCCGUGGGCGGAGAGGGCAGCACACUGCCGACGACCUACCUCCAAACCCUGGACUUGAGAGCAGUCGUGUCCCUCCUAGGCCAGUUGAGAUGCCCUUGCCUACUUUGGAGGAGAAUGUGGCCAGGAUGGAAGCAUGGCUGCUCACACACUUUUCAUCCACCGCAUUCAACACCAGCAGGUCCCCACUGCCAGUCAUGACUGGUCCCCCUCACCGUAUCCACCUGACGCCCGGCAUGACCCCCUACGCCUGCCACACACCUGCUCCCAUUCCGAAACACUGGGAUGCGGAGGUGAAGGCCCAGUUGGAGGAGGACGUCAGGAGAGGCGUCAUCCAGCCAGUGCCUGCUGGUGAGGCUACGGAGUGGUGCGCCAGGAUGGUCGU